AUGGUGUACUCUACUGUUACUAGCUCAUUAUUUGCACCGGCAAUUUGUGCUUCAUCGUCAGUUCCGCCGCCUCCGCCGGAAUCGCUUGCUGUAAAAUCCGGUUCUGUUGCUACAGGGGAAUCGGUUCAGAAAUGGCCGGGAUGGCCUGGGGAUAACGUGUUCAAGCUAGUUGUGCCAAUUGCUAAAGUUGGUGGUAUAAUUGGGCGGAGGGGAGAAGUUGUAAAGAGGAUGUGUAAAGAGACUGGUGCCAGUAUUCGUGUUCUCGAAGGUCCUGUUGGCAAUGCUGAUCAAAUUGUUUUAAUAUCUGGUAGAGAAAAUCCAGAUGCUGAGGUAUCUCCAGCAAUGGAUGCUGCUAUUAGAAUUUUUAAGUGCGUUGCGGGGCUAAACAAUGAUGAUCCAGGAGCAGUAGCUGCAUUUGUGUCUUCAAAGUUAUUGGUGGCUUCAGCACAAGCCAUUCACUUGAUCGGUAAAAAUGGUUCCACGAUCAAUUCAAUACAAGAAAGAUCAGGUGUUGUGCUAAGAGUAUUACCUGCAGAUAAUGUGGCCCUUUGUGUCACUAAAGAUGAUAGGAUUAUUGAAAUACAUGGAGAAGGUCCGAAGGUUCUCAAUGCUUUUGAUGCAGUUGUUAAACUACUGAGGAAGUUCCUGGUCCAUCAUAGCAUGAUACCGAUUUUUGAGAAAAUGGUAAUUUUUUGAUACUUUUAACUGAAUUUUAAUUGUCUAUAUAUAUAUAUGUGUGUGUGUGUGUUUUUACUAACUACCUGGGCUGAUAAACCACAGUAUCAGCCUUCUCGUCCUGUAUCUGCAGCUGUUUCUGAUUACCAAGACCCUUACUUACUUGAUCAUGGAACUGCCGUGGACUCCAAAACCCCACGGUCUACACUACCGCGAUAUGGACAGGAUAUUGUAACAAAGAUCACAAAGGUUAUGCAAGUCCCGCUGGGGUAUGCUGAGGAAAUCAUUGGUGCUGAAGGCUGUAAUAUAGCAUAUAUUCGCCGCACAAGUGGGGCAACUCUUACUGUGCAAGGGAGCCGAGUACCUGAAGAAAUCACUAUUGAGAUUAAGGGUACCUCAUCAGAGGUUAAAGCAGCUGAACAACUUAUUCAGGAGUUCAUUGACAACCACCAAGAGCCAGCCCCAAGAAUGUAUGGGACGCGUGGGCCUGACUUUGGUUCUUUUUCGCGUUAUGGUGAUCCCUAUUCUUCAUCAUCUUCGUUUCCACCUCAGAUUUUCGAGAGGUAUGGAUCGUCUUUUCCACCUCAGAGUUUCGAGGGGUAUGGAUCGUCUAGUUUAGGAGGAGGAUACAACAGUUAUAGAUUCUAA